CUGCCCUGCCCCGAGCCCCCGGGAGCGCCUGCAGCGGCACGGCCAGGGACCUGGUGCUGGGGGGUCGUGAGGAGCAGCAGCUCCCUGGGGAGCAGAGGAUGCUUCGGAGCGUGGCCGGGUGCCGGCAGCACCACGAGGCCGGGGGCUUCGGGUGCGCAGUCCCUGCGGUUUUCCCCUCGGCUCCCGUUUCCAUGAGGCAGCCAAGGCUGCAAGUGGGGAACAAGCCCGGGCCUGGCGGAGCUGCUGCGCCUGCCUCGGCUCCGCGACCUGCGGCGGCAUCCGCAGCGAAGCCCCAGCUGCUGCCGGCAGACGGAGGUCCCGACGCCGUGCUGAGCCCCGCCGGGCGGAGGAGAUGCGCUGAGCGCCGCGGGCCCCCCGCCAUGGAGGAGGAGGGGGGGUGGCUCCCGGUGGCCGCCUGGCUGGCGGCCCUGCACCUGGAGCAGUACGCCGACGCCUUCGAGCGCAGCGAGCUGCGCACCGUCUGGGACUGCCGGGCGCUGACGGACGAGGGGCUGACCCGCCUCGGCGUGCUGCUGCCCGGCCACCGCAAGCGCAUCCUGCUGGGCGUCCAAAAAGCUUCGCCGAGGCCGCCCUGCCCGAGCCCCCCCCCGAGGAAACCGGUGCCCAUGAAGCGCCACAUCUUCCGCCAGGGUGCUGGCACCGCCGCGCCGACGGAGCCCCCACGGUCCCCGCCGCUGCUGGAGCCCGAGGGGGCUGCGAGCGUCGCCCUGCUGCCGCCCCCCAUCCCGCCCAGGGUGGGCUGCCGGCCCCCCGUUAAGUUCUCCCCGGCUGCCAGCGGCCCCGAGCCGCCCCCUCCCUGCAGCCCGGCCCCGGAGCUGCCCCCUCUGCCAGCCCCCAAAGCCGAGAGCCGGGCGAGACCCCCGCUGCCGCCUCUGCCGGCCAAGCGUCACCAGGUGGAAUGCAAAAGCCAGUCCCUCAAGGCCCCCCCGGCGCCCAGCCGCCCGCCCGCGCUGCCCCCCAGGGCCGGGUCCCAGCACGAGGCCAGCAGCGUUCCUGCCAAGGAGGAGAUCCCCGUCCCCAUCCCCGACAGGGAACCUUGUGUCCCUCCAUCCCCACCGGCCCUGCUGCCCCGUGCCAAGCCGCAGCCAGCCCCGCAGCCACAGACGCCCUCCAAGCCCUCCUGUCCCUUCGUGCCCGAGUUCGAUGACUCUGACUACGAGGACUCCGCCUGGGAGGAGGAAUUAGCCAGCCCCGCGGGGCAGAUGGCCGACAAGGAGGAUGCCGAGUCUGUGACAGGUCGGCCGCGGUCCCUGCGCUUCAACAGCCUCUUCAGCGAGGACGAGCUCAUCGAGGACUACUACGAUGCUCCCCCGGCCAACGCAGGCAGAGGCUGGAGCGACGACGGCCCCAGCCCGCGCCAGCCCCCGGUCGCCCUCUCCGGCGGCAGCCCCGGCACGCUCGGCGACGGCAUGGAGCGCUCGGCCGCCGCGCAGCUCUUGCCCACCAUCCGAGCGGGGUGGCUGGACAAGAACCCGCCGCAGGGGUCCUACAUCUACCAGAAGCGCUGGGUGAAGCUCGACGCCGACUACCUCCGCUAUUUCGACAGUGAGAAGGACGCCUACUCCAAGCGCUUCAUCCCCGUCUCCUCCAUCUCCCGCGUAGCCAGCGUCGGGGACCAGAAAUUCGAGGUGGUCACCAACAACCGCAACUUUGUGUUUCGGGCUGAGAGUGACGCCGACCGUAACGAGUGGAUUCAGACCCUGCAGCAGGUCGCGGAGGAGCGCAAGAGCAAGGCUCCCGAGAGGACGUCCAUGUCCCCGACCGCCCCCGAGGCCACGGAGCUCGUGGACAAGAGCGGCUUCCUGGAGCUGAGGGGGUUCAAGCACAAGCUCUUCGUGGCGGUGGCCGGGGACAAAGUUUUCCUCUACAAGAACUCGGAGGACUAUCGGCAGGGCAUCGGCAUCACCUACAUCGAGAUGAACGUGGGGAACGUCAAGGAGGUGGACCGCAGGGGCUUCGACCUGACGACGCCCUACAGGAUCUUCAGCUUCUCGGCCGACUCGGACCAGGAGAAGGAGGAGUGGGUGGAGGCCAUGCGGCACGCCAUCGCCGAGGCCCUCUCCAACUCGGAGGUGGCGGAGAGGAUCUGGGCGCUGGAACCCAACCGCUUCUGCGCCGACUGCGGCUCGCCCCAGCCCGACUGGGCGUCCAUCAACCUCUGCAUCGUCAUCUGCAAGAGAUGCGCAGGGGAGCACCGGGGCCUGGGUCCUGGCAUCACCAAAGUCCGAAGCCUGAAGAUGGACAGGAAGGUGUGGACCGAGGAGCUGAUCGAGCUCUUCCACCACAUCGGCAACGCCGUGGCCAACCAGUUCUGGGCCGCCAACGUGCCCCCCAGCGAGGCCAUCGGCCCCGGCAGCAGCAGCCAGGACCGGAGGCGCUUCCUCAUCGCCAAGUACCGGGAGGGCAAGUACCGCCGCUACCACCCGCUCUUCGGCAACCAGGAGGAGCUCGACAGGGCCCUGUGCGCGGCCGUCACCACCAGCGACCUGGCCGAGACGCAGGCCCUGGUCUUCUGCGGGGCGGCGGUGACGUGCGCCACCGGGGACCCCCAGUGCCCGAUCCCCCUGGCGCUGGCUGAGAAGAGCGGGCAGCGGCUGCAGAUGGAGUUCCUGCUGCACAACAAGACCUCAGAGACGCCGCGCCUGGAGGUGGGGGGCAGCGAGGAGAAGCACUACUCGGUGCUGCUGCCCUGCGUCACGCACAACGGCUUCCUCUACAAGACCCCCUCCAUGGCCAAGCCUGUCAGUGAGAGGAAGGGCCAGGAAGAGUUCAGCCGGCGGUGGUGCACGCUGCAGGACGGCGUCCUCAGCUACUACGAGAACGACCGCAACGCCGUGCCCAACGGCGAGAUCAAGGCGGGGGACAUCGUGUGCCUGGUGAACAACCCGCCCCACACCCAUGGGAUCGAGAGCACGUUCGAGGUGUACAUCGAGUCGGAGAGGCUCUACCUGUUUGGGCUGGACUGCCCCAAGGCUGCUCGGGAAUGGCUCAAGUCCAUCGCCAAGUCCUUUGUCCCCCCCCGUGCAGAGGAGCUGCUGAACCACGACUUCGAGAGGAUCGGCCGCCUGCUCUACAAGGGGGGCCUCAACCUGGAGCGCGCCAAGGAGGGCUGGUUCGCCCUGGCCGGCUCCACGCUCUACGUCUGCUUCGAGGACAGUGAGCGCCACGAGGCUCUCCAGCUGCGCAAGCUGCAGGAGCUCUCCAUCCAGGGAGACAACGAGGUGCUGGUGCUGGUGGAGAGGCGGAGGACGCUGUACAUCCAGGGCGAGAGGAGGCUGGAUUUCCUGGGCUGGGUGCACGCCAUCCAGAAGGCUGCGGGCAGCUCGGGGGACACCCUGUCGGAGCAGCAGCUGACCGAGGGGGACGUCCCCAUGCUGGUGGACCGGUGCAUCGACUACAUCACGCAGUGCGGGCUGACAUCCGAGGGCAUUUACCGCAAGAGCGGGCAGAACUCGAAGACCACCAACCUGCUGGAGAUGCUGCGCCGCGACGCCCGCAGCGUGCGCCUGAAGGAGGGCGAGCACCACGUGGACGACGUCGCCAACACCCUCAAGCGCUUCUUCCGCGACCUGGGCGACGGGCUCUUCACCCGGCGCUGGAGCCAGGACUGGCUGCGGGCCACGGUGCUCGAGGAUGAGGAGGCGAAGAUCGGGGAGUACCGGCGGCUCCUGGACACCCUCCCCACGGUGAACAGGGCCACGCUGAAGGCGCUCAUCAACCACCUCUUUCGGGUCCAGCACUUCUCGGGGGACAACCAGAUGAACACGCACAACCUGGCCAUCGUCUUCGGGCCCACGCUCUUCCAGACGGACGGGAAGGACUACAAGGCGGGCCGGGUGGUGGAGGACCUCAUCAGCCACUAUGUGAAGAUUUUCAAUGUCAACGACCAAGAGAUGAAGAAGCAGCAGGACGAGAUCAUGGCCAUCAUGAAGAUGCGGGAGGCAGCGUCCAGCGGCACACAGCAAGCCGGGGACUUCAUCUGCACGGUGUACCUGGAGGAGAAGAAGACGGAGACAGAGCAGCACGUCAAGAUCCCGGCCACGAUGACGGCCGAGGAGCUCACCUUCGAGAUCCUGGACCGGAGGAAAAUUGUCACGAAGGAGAAGGACUACUGGAGCUGCUUCGAAGUGAACGAGAGGGAGGAGGCAGAGCGGCCCUUGCACUACUCCGAGAAAGUGCUGCCCAUCCUGCACUGCCUGGGCACUGACAGCUACCUGGUGGUGAAGAAGCAGCUCUCCAUGGAGAACAUGCUCAUCUACCUCGCCAGCAGAGUGGGCGACUGCAAGCACGGCAUGAUGAAGUUUCGGGAGGAGAGGAACCUGCUGGGGCUCGGCCUCAGCACCGGCUUCCACGACCGCUACUUCAUCCUCAACCACACCUGCCUGCGGCUCUACAAGGAAGUGCGGAGCCUGAAGCAGCGGACCCCCGUGCUGGAGAACAGCCACAAGCCGGAGAAGGAGUGGCCCGUCAGGAACCUGAGGGUCUACCUGGGCAUCAAGAAGAAGCUCCGGCCCCCGACAUGCUGGGGCUUUACGGUCUUCUACGAGAACGAGAAGCACGAGAAGCAGCAAUGGUACCUGUGCUGUGACACCCAGGCCGACCUGCGGGAGUGGUUCGCCACCUUCCUCCACGUGCAGCACGGCGGCGCCCUGUGGCCCUCGGAGACCUGCAAGGUGCGGGCGUCGCGGACGCAGCAGGACGCCAGGUUGGGUAACAUCUCCCUCAUCCCGCUGCGCGGCAAUGAGAGCGAGAUGAGGAACAGUGUGGCUGCUUUCGCUACUGACCCGCUGACCCUCCUCCGAAACGUCUGAGCUGGAGGCCUGACACUGCAGGUUCAUCUGCGAGUGGGGAAGCCCUCGGGGAGCCGACACCAUGGCGGUGACCCGCGGGCAGCCGGGAGGGGACACGGCAGCAGCGGGGCAGUGGCCACGGACCCUGGGGGGAACCAGGCUGGGCCAGCCCGGCCGCCCCCACCCCGGCUGCUGCUGCUGUUCCGAGCCCCGGGCAGGGAGGCAGCGCCCGGCCGGGCACCCCGCAGCGGGGGGCUCGUCCUUCCCCUCCUUCUCCUCCCUCUGUUUUUAAAUCCCUCCUAUAAAACGAUGCGCGGAGCCCCGGCCCCGCAGCUCCCCAUCGCUCCUGGAGAGCCGGUGGCACAGCCCUGGGGUCCGCGGCCCCCACCCCCACCCCCGUGCCGGGCAGGGCAGCAGGGUGGGUUUGGGGAGGGCUGCAUUUGGACGGACCCCCCCGGCUCCAGCCUCUUCUGUUCACUGGGGGGCGCGGGGCAGCGGGGUGACGGGAGCUGCCCCCGUCCUGGCACCACAUCUUGUUGAUAUUAAAUAUUUCGGGGGAAGCAGUG